AUGGGGAUGUCGAAACCGGUUGCCAGUAAUACCGACAUGAAACAAGAAAGUCGUGACGAUUUACAGGUUCAGCAUCAGAUUAAUUGUAACGAAUUACAAGAUCAAAAUGAUGCUGGCUUCUAUUUGCAGACCAACGAAGGUGAUCUGCCUGGCUUAACUGGAAAUCAGAUAAAAAAGCCAUUGACGAGCAACUCGUCAAUAAAGGAAGAUCCCUGCGUAUCUGAGAAACCAAAACUUUAUGAAAAUGAUGAAGAAAGACAAUCAGAAUAUUAUCCUUCCGAUUCUGAAAACCAGCUCGCUCGUAGUUUACACAGCGAAGCUUUUCAAAAACCCGAUGAUGUGAAAGGACAACACUUACAAGUCUAUACUCAAGAAUUCCAUGUCCAAACUCCUUUAACUCCACAGUCCGUCACAGAUAGAACUGUUGUAUCGCCAACCGAUGAUAUAUCCCCUACUGAAUCAGUAGUUUCAACGAAACCAGAUUCAGUUUUUCCAAACAGACAAGGGCAUUUUGCAUCAGGAUCGGAAAGUAGUUCUGUGUUCAUUUGUUUGUACCACAAGCAGUAUGGCAAGUGGCAUCUGAAAAUGAGUGACGAGGAUGAUAAUCAGGCAGUCGAAGCGUAUGCUCAACAUUUCAGCAGCGAAAACCGUCCUUCUAUUUUCUAUUUGUUUCGAGGUAUUUCGUUUGGUCCGGAAUAUGACUAUGUAUUACGCCCCAAAAAUUGGUGGAAUCCCAUGAGCGAAAAAGUUAUGCGAAAGGAGGUAGUAGUUCGAAAAAUCGACACUCAACCAGGAUGUCGAUCUGUAUACGAACGCUAUCAUCAAAAUAAAGUUCAGGGAGGUGAAGAUUUAUUAAUUGUACCAGUAUAUGGAUUAAAUAUAUGGAUUGUCUCCUUAAUAGUUGCAAGCGCUGCUGGAUCAGUGAUAAUUGGCUUAUGGAUGCGGCUUUCAGAUCCCUUUUUUGCACAUGGAAUGCUUCUCAACCUCGGACUAGGAAGUAUUGGUAGUUUCUUAUACUUGCUUUCGAACACUUGGUGCAGAUAA